AUGCGGCAGUUUCUCACAGACUGCUGGGCCGUCGCGGUGCUAACGCCGUUUGUGUGUGUCGGGGCUCUGCCACUGCGGCCUGACAGCUUGGACAUCAGGAAACAAAUUUCGAACGAGCAACCGCCGGCACCCAACAGGACUGGCACAGGUGCCGUGUUGCAACAGCUCCUAGUGAACCUCAACCAUACAAAUGGGACGUUGAUGGCUGAAUUCAACAAUCUUGUUCAGGAGAAUGCAGGUGCAGUCGAUGAUGCGGCCAAGCUCAUUCGAGUAAAUGCGCACAUUGUCGGCGGUGCAGUUUCACAGGCCAUAUUGCUUGGAGGAGCGAAGCUGAAAAGAGGAGACGUGAGUGGAGCAAUACAGGCGGUCGAUGAGAGCAUCGUAGAGGCAAGGCAGAAAGCGGCUGAGGCGAAUCGAUCCUUCCGAAGUGCAGCUUGGAGCGCCGCUUGCGUUCUGAUGCUCUUCGUGGCCGUCGGCGCGUGCUGGGGCGUAGAACAUCUCCUAACGCUGCGUGGAGAGAAAGAUCCAAAUGUUGGGGUACCAAGGACGGAGCAAGACCAGGACCAGUACCAUCAUUUCCCAGCUCUUGGAGUGCUGCGCUUCGUGCUGUCUGGCAUGGUUUUGCUGUACAACUUCUACCCAUGGUCAACCCAGGAAGUGAAGAGUCUGUCCAGCGCAAGCCCAACGCCGGAUGCGCAGCUGCGAGGGGCAAUUCAAAGGAGGGCGACCCAAAAACCAGACUUGAGCCAGUGUGGCGUACUGGGACAUUCGCAGGAUGAUGGUAGCCGCAUCAUGCACGGUAAAAGCGCUGCAAAAUGCACUUGGAGAUGGCAGGUCAGUUUGCACGAUGUGCGCAAAAACACGACUAAGUCCAGCCACUUCUGUGGAGGGACUCUGAUCGAUGGCAAGUGGGUGUUGACAGCUGCACACUGCGUGGGCUCCUUCUCUCAGUGCGACCUGCGAUUUGUCAGGGUCAUUGCUGGAGCUUGGAAGCACAACUCAGAAUCCAGGCUGCGAGAGGUAACCUCCGCUGAGCGUGGUGUAGUGCGCGUGCACAAGCACCCGAGGUAUGGUCAUGCCGCUCCUUCGGAUUAUGACUUUGCACUGGUCGAGCUGGACGAGCAGUUGCCCAUGAACGAAUGCAUUGGCAUAGCUUGCUUGCCUGAGGCAGACAGCAGUCAUGGUGACCAAACUCGUUGGGCACAGCAGUGCAGCAUUACCGGCUGGGGUGCAUCCAAAGAUGCAGGGGAUGCGCCUAGCACGCUGCAGGAAGGCUCCGUGUCCACGCUGUCCCAGCAAGACUGUGUCAAGGACUAUGCAGCACACAACGCCACCAUCACUGCUGCCAUGCUGUGUGCUUCGGGAAAGUCAGACACCGGCAUAACGGAUGCGUGCUACGGGGACAGUGGUGGACCGCUUGUUUGCAAGGAAGAUGAUCGCUAUGUGGUUCGUGGCAUUACUUCCUGGGGUUUGGGCUGUGCUUCCGAGAAAUUUCCUGGAGUUUACAGCCGUGUCACGGAAGCCUUGAGCUGGAUCCACGACACCAUGGCGGGUAAAAAUUCGGCUCUAGCAGAUCCGGUUGACUUCCAUGGCGGCAUGUGGACGAUCACGUCUGGGCCAUGCACUAUGGAUGCCUCAAGGUGCAUCACCAGCCCAGGUUUCCCAAGCAACUACUCCAUCAAUUCUUACUGCUUCAUUCGAGUUAAUGCUUCUUCGGCAGUUCCCAUUCGAGUCGAAGAGUUCGCAACUGAGCCAGGAUUUGAUCAAAUGCUUUUGAAUUGCAGAUCUUUCUCUGGCCAUGAAAGCCCAGCUGGAAUCACGCCCUUCACAGACAUAAUGUGGGUCUCGGAUGUUCGUGGAGUGGCCAAAGGCUGGAAAAUAUGUCCCGGGGCUUAA